AUGAAAUAAGAAAAAUAAGCGAAAAAAAAUUGAAAAUCGUCAUGAAAAAAUUAUAUUUGACGGGUUGCUUAGAAGCAGCAAAAUGAAAUUUAGAUUAUAUUUUAUUCAAAAUUUUUUGUAAAUUAAGACAAUUAUUAUUCUUUUUUUGGAAAAAAGUAAUCAACGAAACAUUGUUUUGGCAGUCAACAUUUAUUUUUUUUUAGUGAAAUUUGUGAAAAAAGUUUGAUUUUUUUUUUGAAUUUGCAAAAUCAAAAAUGUUUAGCAUCAUUGAGACAAGUCUCAAUAAAUGGAGGAACACGAAAAAAAGUUUAUGCGGUUUUGGUAAUCGAUCCCUCGCUGCACUCCGUGAACCUUUUCAACCAUCAAAAAGAUGUCCACGAUGGGUUUGCAUUGAAGAUGCGAUAAAAAUCGUGAAUUCAGAGCAACUUGUCUACAUUCAAGGCGGAUCUGCGACACCUUUUGAAUUAAUUCGAGGAUUAACGGAGCAUGGAAUUUGCAAUAAUCUUCGUGGAGUUCGUUUGGUCCAUAUGGGUCUCGAGGGAGAUGCACCUUUCGUUCAUCCGGAAUUUGAGAAACACUUUAGGUCAAUAAGUUUGUACAUCGGCUCAAAUCUGAGAGAAGCUGUGAACGAGGGACGAGCGGAUUAUAUUCCAAUUUUCCAUCAUGAGACGCCGAAAAUAUUUUGCGAAGGCGACAUAAUUCCAGACGUUGCUCUCAUACAAGUCAGUCCUCCAGAUCCUCGAGGUUUCUGCUCCCUGGGAACGAGCGUCGAUUGCACCAGAUCCGUUUUAACAACUGCAAAAGUUAUUAUUGCACAAGUGAACGAGCACAUGCCAAGGAGUUUCGGCGACUCGGUGAUUCAUUCGAGUCACAUCGAUUGGGCAGUAAAGCACGAUUGUCCAUUGCCAUGCGUCCAUCCUGGUGAACCGCCAAACGAAGUUGAAAUUGAAAUCGGCAAGAAAAUAGCGCAAGUCCUAAUUGAAGACGGCUCGACGAUUCAAAUGGGAAUUGGAAAUAUUCCUGAAGCCAUUGCCUGCCACUUGAGUUAUCACAAGGAUCUUGGUAUUCACAGUGAAAUUUUAGGCGACGGUAUGGUCGAUUUAGUGGAAAAGGGCGCAAUCACAAAUCAAUUGAAAUCAAAACAUCGCGGUCGAAUGAUUGGAUCAUUUGCCAUUGGCACGAAGAAAGUCUACGACUUCAUUCACAAUAAUCCCUUCAUCGAAAUAUUGACAAUCAGUUAUGUGAAUGAUCCGAGAGUGAUUUCAUCGCAACCAAAAAUGGUUUCUAUUAAUGGUUGCAUUGAAAUGGAUAUCACGGGUCAAGUUUCCCAGGACAGUUUGGGUUGCAAAAUGUACUCUGGAUUCGGAGGACAACUUGAUUUCAUUCGAGGUGCUGCCAUGGGUCAAGAUGGAAAAGGAAAGGCCAUUAUUGCUUUCCCGUCCAUCACGAGCACUGGCGAAAGCAAAAUACAACCGAUUCUUAAAAAAGGCAGCGGAGUUGUUUCAACGAGAGCGCACACACAUUACGUAGUCACUGAGCAUGGAAUCGCAAAUCUUUUUGGAAAAACAUUACGUCAAAGAGCGAACGCAUUAAUUCAAAUAGCCCAUCCCGAUCAUAGAGAAUGUCUGGAAAAAGCAGCUUUUGAAAGACUCAAGUGCAUGCCAACAAAAUAUUUGUAAAUUAAAUUUUUCAUCCGUCAAAUAAUUAAUUUUUUCCUUUUAUUCAUUUUGUUCUUCCAAAACAGUAAGAAAAUACGUAUAUUUUUAUAAAUCCAUAUAUACAUUUUUAUAAUAAAGAUAAUUUUACCAUUUUUCAAAA